AUGGCGCGCAUCAACGCGUGGCUUCUCCCCGCUCUGCCCAGGCAGACGAUAGCGACCAUAUGGUCGACUGUCGUCUGCUAUUGGACUCCGGUGUCACCAGGUGACACCGACCUCCCUCCUCCGACCUCCCUCGACCUCAUCCUAAACCUCGACCUCAUCCUCAACCUCGACCUCAUCCUCAACCUCGACCUCAUCCUCAACCUCGACCUCAUCCUCAACCUCGACCUCAUCCUCAACCUCGACCUCAUCCUCAACCUCGAUCCCGCCCUAUACCCACCUUCCCGACCGCACUCACAACAAAAACACCACAUGAGGACGUCCAUAGGGACGUCCUCAGUAUGGAGAUCGGAAUAUGGGGGCCGCGGCGAUGUACCGCGGCACUUGUUUUUGGCCGAGGACCCCUCCACCUCCUCCUACGAGCCCUCCACCUCCUCCUACGAGCCCUCCACCUCCUCCUACGAGCCCUCCACCUCCUCCUACGAGCCCUCCACCUCCUCCUACGAGCCCUCCACCUCCUCCUACGAGCCCUCCACCUCCUCCUACGAGCCCUCCGCGUCGCCCUCCGCCGCCGUGUCCACCUCCUCCGCCUCCGCGUCCCUGCCCUCUGUGUCGCCCAUCAUCGCCCGCCUCGCCCUCCGCCUCGUUCACCCCGUCCCGGCCCUCCGCCUCGCGCUCCUUCGCGUCCACGCCGCCCUCUGCCUCGUCCCAGCUCUCUGCCUCGCCGCCUCCACGCCAUCUUUCUACAUGCUGCGCGCGCCUCGCGCGCCUCCGCCCGCGUCGCCCUCUUCCACUUCCAACCGCCACAGUUACCUCCAUCACGGUUCGGCGCGGGUGGCGGGAUUCUUGGCCGAGAGGGCAGCAGAGUGCGACGAAGACGAAAGCGCGGACCUGGACGUUGAAGCGGACGACUACGACCACGAGAUGGGUGAAGCACAAGACGGAGCAACGCAUAUCGACCGCGUGCGUCAGCAGGUCCAGAACGGGCUCGAUAUGGACUUCGACAAGCCCAUCGACGCAGUAUCGAGCGAGGACGACAAAGAGCAUGAGCCGGACGACGCGCACUCGCGCGCGGCGGGCCCGACAGACCCAAACAUUGACAUUGAGUGGACGUGCACUGGAAUCAAAGACAACUGGUGA